AGAAGCAGCCGUUUUGACUAUGGCUUGUUUGUUCCUGUAAUCUUUGAGUAUGUUACAUUUCAUUCUACUAGAAUCAAAUUGUCUGAAACUACGAGUGACGAAACAUGUCUCAGUCCGGUGAAAAAGUGAAGUUUUCCGACUCAGCAGGCUAUGUGGGAUUCGCUAAUCUGCCCAACCAGGUUCACAGGAAAUCUGUGAAGAAGGGCUUUGAAUUCACGCUCAUGGUGGUUGGUGAGUCUGGCUUGGGAAAAUCCACUUUAAUUAACAGUCUGUUCCUGACUGAUCUCUAUCCAGAACGUUAUAUUCCUGGAGCUGCAGAGAAAAUAGAGAGAACUGUUCAAAUUGAAGCUUCUACGGUAGAGAUAGAAGAGCGAGGGGUGAAACUGCGUUUAACAGUAGUUGACACACCAGGAUAUGGAGAUGCCAUUAACAGCCAGGAUUGCUUCAAAACAAUUAUCCAGUACAUUGACAACCAGUUUGAAAGAUACCUUCAUGAUGAGAGCGGUCUAAACAGGCGCCACAUUAUAGACAACAGAGUCCACUGCUGUUUUUACUUCAUCUCUCCCUUUGGCCAUGGGCUGAAACCGUUAGAUGUAGAAUUCAUGAAGGCUCUUCAUGGAAAAGUCAACAUUGUCCCUGUGAUUGCCAAGGCUGACACACUGACGCUGAAGGAGAGAGAAAGGCUGAAGCGAAGAGUUCUGGAUGAGAUUUCUGAACAUGGGAUUAGGAUUUAUCAGCUCCCUGAUGCAGAUUCUGAUGAAGAUGAGGAGUUUAAAGAACAAACCAGAGUUUUAAAGGCUAGCAUUCCCUUCGCUGUUAUUGGAUCCAAUCAACUUAUUGAGGUGAAAGGGAAAAAAAUCAGAGGCCGUCUGUAUCCCUGGGGAGUUGUUGAAGUUGAAAAUCCAGAGCACAAUGAUUUCCUUAAGUUGCGCACAAUGCUUGUAACGCACAUGCAGGACCUGCAGGAGGUGACCCAAGAUUUGCACUACGAGAACUUCCGUUCGGAGAGGCUAAAACGAACUGGCAAGCCUGUUGAAGAAGAGGUGGUAGACAAGGAUAGAAUCCUCCAGCAGAAAGAGGCUGAGCUGCGCCGCAUGCAGGAGAUGAUUGCACAGAUGCAAGCCCAAAUGAGGAUGAAGCCUGGUGAUGAUUAGGAUGCUUAACAUCUAGAUGCAUCAGCAGUAUACAGUUCUCUAAGUGGAUGGGUGCUCUGUUUUCUUUGACCGAAGGGUAACGUUCAAAUGCAAAAGCUGGAUGCCGCAGAUCAAGACCUGCGUUAAAACAAACACAAAGUCUGAAGAUCGUGUUGUAAAACAGCUUGCUUUAUAUAUUCAAUGUUAAUCAAUUUAUAUUGUAUCUUUUUUGAUUCUUUUGGUAACACUGUCUUCAUACUUAUAAAUGUGCUUUUAUUAUCUUUCCUAUACCUUUUUAUACAGAAACUGAUAGUGCACUGUUUGGCGUAGUCAUUGUGAUGGGUUUAAGGAGUUAAUCGUGUAUCUGCUAGGUUAUUCUGAACAGUUUCGUGAUUAAUGCUAAAAGACUUUGUGGCCUGUUUACAGUAAACAUGUGUGUUUGCACAGUAUCAUAACUUUCACUUGCCAUUUUAAGUCAUUGUGUAUCCUAUCAGUUUUUCAUAACUUUCCCUGUGCUUUGGUUACUUUUGAAGCUUCGUCUCUGGUGAUUUGUAUUUGUGUGGUGUAUGAGAAAAUGUACGACACACUGAUGAUUCACCAGUGAUGCAAAGAAGCUGACUUUUCUAAAUCAUCGUGCCUUAACGUACCAUAAACACUAUGCAUGCCAACAGCUUCUCUGGAUGCCUCUGAAGAUUUGUCUUCAGGUCUCAACUAUCGAUUGCAAGAAUUUUUAUCACAGGCAUUUUUAUCUGUCAGCUGACUGAUGGCAUGUACUGAAUUUUUUAUAUACCAUAACACUAAUUUUCAUUCAAGUUUUGUAAUAAAUUGUACCAAU